AUGUCUAUUGGUGUGCCAAAUAAAGUCCUACAUGAAGCCGAGGGUCACACUGCUGCAUGUGAGACAAACGCCAGCGAGGUGUAUCAUGGGAAGCCCAUUGAGGUGGGAGACAACAAGAUGUCCAACAUCACAGUCACACACAGAGAUGGCCAAGUGGCACAGCUGGAGCAGGUGUUCAUCCGUGGGAGCAAGGUCUGCUUUCUGACCGUGCCUGGCAUGUUGGAGAACGCACCCAAGUUAAAGAGCAAGAAAAAUAAAAACCAAGGCUCAGGGCCUGGCCAGGGAAGAGUUGCCAUUGGGAAGGUCCCAGUGGCCGCACAAGCAAGAGCAUGUGGAAACAUCCUCUAG